AUGCUGGGGGUGAUGGGCUGGCCAGUGACAAAGAAGCUGGCAGAGUGGGCUGGUCAUGGUAUUGCAGACGUGUCCAUGCUCUCCGGAAGCCAGAAGGCUGUGCUUAUGGCAGGGAAUGGCAUGGACAUUCCAUCGGUGGGCUUUUGCAUUAUGCUGGAGUGUAAUGAUGGUGGUGGUGAGUCUGAGUCUGGAUAUGAAGCAGAUGCAGACGCAAACAACGAGAUCGGCGAAAGUAGCAAAGCGUUGGUGGAGCUGUCGUUUGCUACCUUGAACAGCUUUUUGAAGGGAAAGCUCUGCAAAGUUGACCAGCAGGAGCCUUCACAGCCGCCUCGCAAGAGGAGAGUUUACAACAAUGCCAACAGAGCUGCAGCUGCGGAGGCCAAGUACAUGGUCCCGCGCAGCCCAUCACUCCGCACAUGCUACCGUGGAGCAAAGCACCGAAGAGCAAAGCUAAAGCUCCACGCCAUGUGGGCAGCAGGCUAUUGCUUGAGGAUUGUUGUGGUGGAGGAGAACACCUAUUGUGGACUUCGCAGCUGGGUGAAUGGUGAGAUCUACGUGUCAUGCUUACGGCAGUACCGGGACUGGAAGCAGCACUUCCUCAGUGUGAUGGCUCGCAGACCUGUACCACAGAUUGUUGCAGAUGGGUGGAUGGAAUUAGCCAAGAUCUUUGAGCGGCUAUUAGGUGGAUCGGAGGCAACAGUACAAGCUGCCAAGUAUUUGCGUGGUUUGGCUCAGAACAAUCUGCCGUUACAUGAGCUGCAUCCACUGCCUUGGCAUGAAGCUGAGCCAGAUGGAGAGCAAUUUGUGGAAGGGAGCAAGCGCGUGGCCAGAGUUAUCCAUCUCCGAGACCAGGUCGACACAGGCCUUCGCUUGGCAGAGGCUGUCAUGCAAAAGAGGUGCAUGAUGACAAUGGCUGAUCCUCGAGCGCAACACUUGACAGCUUUGGUCAAGCGAGUCUUGCAUGACGCAACUUCUGGAAAAUUUGGUGACGCCGACCUAGCGAGGAUGCAUCAUGUCGGCUUUGCUGACCUGUCCAAGCUGGGCAGGAUGACAGCUGUCCAGGUGGACGACUGCGCCAGGUGGGCAAAACGUGUUCUAGAGCUCAACCCAGAGUACAGCCACUUGCCAGCAAUACACCUGGAGGACAAAGAAGAAACUGCCCAGUGGCUCGGGGCAAGAGGCACCAUCAAAUCCAUGCUGGAAGGGUGCAUCGGACGUGUGUCAAGCAUGAAGGGUCAAUCCCUCAUCCUGCACAACUAUACUAUGUAUGAUGGCUGCUUCGAGAAGACCUGUGCUGAACUCAUGACCGAUCUUGAGUCCAGCUGCUAUGUGGCAGUAUUUUCCCAGACCGAAGAUUGCACAAUUCUGCAGUAUGCACUGACCCAAAUGAAGGACAAACUCUUGGAGGACAGGGACAUUAUUCCUAGAUAUGUGAGAAACCCUGACGAGGACUGGAAGCAGUCAUGUGGAUUGAUGUCAACGGUCACCCCCAAGUUCAGUGCAGAACCUGAUCUAUCAGAGUUUUCAGCACCGAAGCCACCAGCAUUGCGUUUGUGUACCAUGACUUCACAGGGCCACCUCCAGCUUCCGGAUGCAGUGAGGAAGAAAUGGCUGUCGGACCCUGACCCUGAACAAGCUGCUGUUCCAAAUCCCACAAGCGGCCAGGAGAACCUUGACUUGGGACAAACCCCAGCCGAGACUCCUCAGGAACCUAUUGUGGGGAAUGCCGCGCCACCUAGCAUGACAGAAGAGGUAUUCAACCAGAAGUUCCCAGAGAUUGCAUGCAGCGUCACGCUGAACAUGGGGCAAAAUGUCAUUUGCCACUAUGCUGAUGGGAAGUGCUUCCUGACCACCGCAACAAAGUUCACUCUGGUUGGGCUGGAUGGCGCGAACCCGAAACCACUCUUCUUAUUUGGUGGUGGAUCAUGGAUCUCCGACGCCAAGGCUGAACUGCAGCCAAAAAACACUGGUUGGUUGUGGGGGGUUGGGGCCAAGGACUACAUCAGCAAAGAAGCGAAUUCAAACAAAUCCGUGGAAUUUCGAUUGGAGAGUUCAGAUGACUGGGUGGUUCUUGAAGAACAGGUUCAAGGUGGAGGUGUGGCUGAUUCAUCACCAAUGUCCUUGUUCAAGCUCCUGACCACAAUCGAAAAGCGCGGAGCAGUGGACUUCAAAUUGACAGGCCACAAGAUUGAGCGUCCUGCGGCAGUUCGUCGGGGUGAGGCAGCAGAUGCCAUAGAUGUCAGUCACGAGACAUUCGGUCUACAAAAUGAACAACGUGGUGCAGAAGCACGUCAAAGCAGGAUCUUUGGCAAGCUUCAUUGGGCAGAAAGCAUUGAGCGGAUCUCAGCACAUCACAUUGGUGUGGCGUGCCUUGGUUGUUUUUUCUUUUUGUUACUUUGA